AUGCAAUACCUCUACAACACGAGCGCCACGUGCAAAAACACUAUUGCCUCAUUUAGCUGCGCGUGUAAAGUUGGGUUUGCCGACAUCGACGAGUGCUCCCUUGAUGUAAACAAUUGUCAUGCGAAUGCCACGUGCGCGAAUACCGCUGGAUCCUUCACCUGCACUUGCAGAUCUCGGUAUACUGGAAACGGCGUAAACUGUACAGGUUUAACGGCCUAUUCGCAUGUUGGAUGUUUCAAAGACACGGAGGAUCGGGCCAUCGCGUUACCUUGGAUUCAUCCAUCAACUCUAGAGAAGUGUUUUAAAGAAGCCCUUAGACGCGGAAACAUAGUAUUCGCAAUGCAGGCAGGAACAUAUUGCUUUAACAGCCCAGACGCACAUCACACUUACAACAAGUAUGGUCCCUCAACUGGCUGCAGCGGCGGGAACGGGGGAGCCUGGGCCAAUGACGUAUAUCGCAUCAAUUACUAA